CCUACUCACACACUCGCACAACACACAGCUCUCCACUGAAAAGCAGUACUAGUGCCAUUGGAGCAGUGAAAGCGAGAAGGCCAAGAUGAUACUGGGCGGGCUCGUCGACAGCCUGACCGGCGCGAACAAGAGCGCACGGCUCAAGGGCACGGUGGUGCUCAUGAGGAAGAACGUGCUGGACCUCAACGACUUCGGCGCCACCAUCAUGGACGGCAUCGGCGAGUUCAUCGGCAAGGGCGUCACCUGCCAGCUUAUCAGCUCCACCCUCGUCGACCACGACAACGGCGGGCGUGGGAAGGUGGGCGCGGAGGCGGAGCUGGAGCAGUGGGUGACGAGCCUGCCGUCGCUGACGACGGGGGAGUCCAAGUUCGGCCUCACCUUCGACUGGGAGGUGGAGAAGCUGGGCGUGCCGGGCGCCAUCAUCGUCAACAACCACCACAGCUCCGAGUUCCUGCUCAAGACCGUCACCCUCCACGACGUCCCCGGCCGCGGCAACCUCUCCUUCGUCGCCAACUCCUGGAUCUACCCCGUUGGCAGCUACACCUACAGCCGCGUCUUCUUCGCCAACGAUGUGAGUUGUUCAGUGCCCAUCACGCAGGGCAUCCUGCCGGCGGUGCGCACAUACGUAGACACCACCCCCGGCGAGUUCGACUCCUUCCAGGACAUCAUCAACCUCUACGAGGGCGGCAUCAAGCUGCCCAACGUCCCCGCCCUCGAGGAGCUGCGCAAGCAGUUCCCGCUCCAACUCAUCAAGGACCUCCUCCCCGUGGGCGGCGACUCGCUGCUCAAGCUCCCCGUCCCCUACAUCAUCCAGGCGGACCAGCAGGCGUGGCGGACCGACGAGGAGUUCUCCCGGGAGGUCCUCGCCGGCGUCAACCCGGUCAUGAUCACGCGUCUCGCGGAGUUCCCGCCAAAAAGUAGUCUGGACCCUAGCAAGUUUGGUGACCACACCAGCACCAUCACGGCGGCACACAUCGAGAAGAACCUCGAAGGCCUCACCGUGCAGCAGGCGCUGGAAAGCAACAGGCUGUACAUCCUUGAUCACCACGACCGGUUCAUGCCGUUCCUGAUCGACGUCAACAACCUGCCCGGCAACUUCAUCUACGCCACCAGGACCCUCUUCUUCCUGCGCGGCGACGGCAGGCUCACGCCGCUCGCCAUCGAGCUCAGCGAGCCUGUCAUCCAGGGCGGCCUCACCACCGCCAAGAGCAAGGUGUACACGCCGGUGCCGAGCGGCUCCGUCGAAGGCUGGGUGUGGGAGUUUGCCAAGGCCUACGUCGCCGUCAACGACUCUGGGUGGCACCAGCUCGUCAGCCACUGGCUGAACACUCAUGCGGUGAUGGAGCCGUUUGUGAUCUCGACGAACCGGCACCUCAGCGUGACGCACCCGGUGCACAAGCUGCUGAGCCCGCACUACCGCGACACCAUGACCAUCAACGCGCUGGCGCGACAGACGCUCAUCAACGCCGGCGGCAUCUUCGAGAUGACGGUGUUCCCGGGCAAGUUUGCGCUGGGGAUGUCGUCGGUGGUGUACAAGGACUGGAAGUUCACCGAGCAGGGCCUGCCCGACGAUCUCAUCAAGAGGGGCAUGGCCGUGGAGGACCCGUCGAGCCCGUACAAGGUGCGGCUGCUAGUGCCGGACUACCCGUAUGCGGCGGACGGGCUGGCGAUCUGGCACGCCAUCGAGCAGUACGUGAGCGAGUACCUGGCCAUCUACUACCCGGACGAUGGCGUGGUGCAGGGCGACGUGGAGCUGCAGGCGUGGUGGAAGGAGGCGCGCGAGGUGGGGCACGGCGACCUCAAAGACGCGCCAUGGUGGCCGAGGAUGCAAGCCGUGGGCGAGCUGGCCAAGGCGUGCACCACCAUCAUCUGGAUCGGGUCGGCGCUGCAUGCGGCGGUCAACUUCGGGCAGUACCCCUACGCGGGGUUCCUCCCGAACCGGCCGACGGUGAGCCGGCGCCGCAUGCCGGAGCCGGGGACCGAGCAGUACGCGGAGCUGGAGCACGACCCGGAGCGGGCCUUCAUCCACACCAUCACUAGCCAGAUCCAGACCAUCAUCGGCAUCUCGCUGCUGGAGGUGCUGUCGAAGCACUCCUCCGACGAGCUCUACCUCGGGCAGCGCGACACGCCGGAAUGGACCUCGGACCCCAAGGCCCUGGAGGUGUUCAAGCGGUUCAGCGAGCGGCUAGUGGAGAUCGAGAGCAAGGUGGUGGGCAUGAACCACGACCCGCAGCUGUUGAACCGCAACGGUCCGACCAAGUUCCCCUACAUGUUGCUCUACCCCAACACCUCCGAUCACAAGGGCGCCGCCGCCGGGCUCACCGCUAAGGGCAUCCCCAACAGCAUCUCCAUCUGAGCAUUCAUUGCUACAUACUGCACCGGCGCCAACCACGGCAAGGCGGCGGCCGACGUUCAUAGUGAUGAGUGCGAAUAAAGAGUGUCGACACGUACGGGAACGGGAACAUGUUGAUAGACUGGUGUUGUGUAUGUGACACUGUAUGUGUGUGAGUUCAUGUCAGCAACUGUUCGAUCCUAAGCGUUAAUCCUUAUGCAUUUGGCAAUAAAUGAAGCACAUAUGUUCCACUGAAA